AUGACAAUGAAACAAGCACAUGAAAGCGACAGCUUGGAAGACUUGUCGGGAACUUUGUCAUCGACGCAUAUCAACACAGACGAGAACCUCACAGCAGACAAACUGCUGGAUGAACUGCCGUUACCGCAACAGCAGCAACAACAAGACGGUCUCUACAUGAAUGGUGCGAAUGCUACCAGUCGAAACACAUAUGAUCAGUUCUUUGAGGAAGUUUCUUUGGAUUUACCUAGAGAUUCUCAGCACUAUCGCCAACAACAACAGCAACAACAAGAUGCAGAGCAGCCUUCUCGACUGAUGAAAUUCAUGCCUCGUCGCGGUACUGCUGCUACCAAUGGUCAUGCCAGCAAAUCGUUCUCAAUGUCAUCACCCACAUCCACAAUAGCAGCAGCAGCAGCAGCAGCAGCAGACAAUACAAUCACUCCCUCUGAUAUCUCGGGCCCAUUUUACUCUAUUUCAGAUGUGCUCGAUGACUCGGUAUCUCCCACCGCAACAGCUGCUGCUAUGGCUGCUGCUAGUGCAUCCCAUCAUCACCAUGGCAACGACGACACUUACGAUUCCAUAGACAUGUCUCAGCCCACAGUCAACCCAAGAGCAGCUAGACGUAAUGUCAAUGAGGCAGAAGUCGUUGUGACAUCAGGAGGCGCUUCUAUCCCAACGAGAAGAAAAUCAACUCUGAACCCUUUUAAACGAUCAAAAUCCAUCAGCCAAAAACCAUCACCACUAGAAACAGUUAUUUCUAAAACUCGCCCAAGAAUGCUGCCGCCCAAAGAUCCUCACGAAGAAAAAAAGCACUUGCAGGAAUACGAAUCCAUGAUGAAGCAAGCCAAGAAAUUAGAAGCCAAAAAGCAGCGAGAAUCCAACAAAAAACGAGAGGAAAAGGACAAGAAGGCUAGCUAUGCUAUUCAUACCUGGGAGAACGACAUUAUUCCUCAUUGGAAAUCACGCAUCAAGGAUAAACGCACUAUGGUGUUGUGGGAUCAAGGGAUACCACCUCGUUGUAGAAGAAAAGUAUGGUGCCUCAAAAUUGGCAAUCAGCUGAAUAUCACAAAGAAUACUUUUGGCGAAUGCACAAGGCGUGUGCCUCAAGCAGUUCGUCAAAAUAAUAAAAGUACUACUGCAAACGGGGAAUCGCAUGGUGCACCGAUGCCUAUCGUCACUGCAAGCCAUCAUACCACAUACGAUCCCUACCAUCCUACAGCAGCGACAGCAGCAGCAACGUCCUCAUCAGAGCAAGUAUAUAGGCGCACACGACAACGAAGAACCAGCAGUUUAGACGUGCUGAGAGAAAGAAAAGAGGAUCAACAUGGCCACCACGAGGACGAGGAUGAAGAGAUUGAGGAAGAGGAGCAAGAUCGUGUGGCUGGAUUCUCCAAUUUCACCAAUAUGCCCACGGAACAUACGUCGUCGUCAACAUACUCUUUUACCAGCAAUGAUGAUCAUUUCGAUCGCUAUAGUCAAAGUGAAGGAGGGAGAAGUGCAUUAGAAUUGGGAUCCACACAGAGUCAUGAUGGUGGUGAUGAUGACAGCAUUGGCGUGGAAGAUGAUGACGAGGAAGAGGAGACGGAUGCCAUCAGUGAUCAAGAUGAGGGGCCAGAUGGUGGAGACAUGGAUGACGAUAAAGUGCUAAGGGAUCCUGCAGCCAUCAAUUUCUUAAACAAGGCCAUUGAUGAGGAUAUAUUGCGUACAUUGCCCAGUCUAUGUGUAUUUCAACCUGACGGUCCAUUGUUCAUGUCGCUUCGAAAAGUGCUUCAUGCAUAUGUAGGGUAUCGACCCAACAUGACCUAUUCUCGAGGCGCCUCCUUUUUAGCAGGCGUUUUAUUACUCAACAUGGGCGCUCAAGAAACCUUUUCAGCGCUCAUCAACAUGAUCAGUUCCAGCCAAGUCCUAUCCGCCCUCUACAACUCGGACGAAAAGAGAAUCCAAGGCUUCUUCAAAGUGUUUAAUGUCAUUUUUGCUGAAAACCUACCCAAACUCUACCUGCAUUUCAAGAAUCUGACACUGACACCUGAAAACUACUUGCCCGACUGGUUCAUGACCAUAUUUGCUUCUAUUAUACCACUGGAAUUAUCGUCUCGUCUAUGGGACAUUUAUCUGCUGCAUGGCGACAUCAUUUUAUUUCGUACCGGUCUUGUGGUGCUCAAGUAUUUAGAGCCCUUGCUGUGGGGUGGUGGGUUUAGCGAGACGGUCAAGAUCCUCAACAUGGGGUUUGUAGGUGAACAUCGUGGCGAGGAAGUCAAGGCGGCGUUGGCUGUCAGUGGACAUAUUACGGAGGGGGAUGAGGAUCCCUUUUUUGACGAAAUAUUGGGUCGUAAGGGUGUGCAUCUGAGUGAAACAAGGUUCAAUGAAUUACUAGGGGCUCAUAUGCCUCGUUCCACUGCUACUGCUACUCAUAGUACUAUUACCAAUAUACAAUAA